CGGCUACGAUACACGUGGGCAUUGUUUUGCCGACGUGUCAUUAUCCCAACCAACCUUACACGUAUUUUAUCAAAAUUUUCGGUGCUGUAUUACGUCAAGCAGCCAAACUUGAAUUGUCAUUACAAUUGCAAACAAUUAGAAAAAUCGCUUUUGAUCAGAUAGAUAGUCUCAAUAGCUAAUUUGGAUGGUAGCUUUUGUUGGGUAUCAGUAAUAUUGCAGCGCUUGGACUAAUUUCAUUGACUAAAAAAAGGUGCGGUACCCAGGAAUUUGUUCAAACAUUGCUUAAUCUGAGAAUUUCUUAAUGGGGGCUAUUCUGAGCUUGGCUGCUGCAAGGAGUUCAAUAAAUGACUACAAUGAGGUCUCACCGAGUGAAAGCAGCAAGAAACUGAAGAUGUCCUCAUGCUUCCAUGAAGAUAGAUCAAGACUGAUUCCUAGUCUUCCUGAUGAGUUAUCAAUGCAGAUCCUUGCUCGAAUUCCUAGAAUUCACUACUUUAAUCUGAGGCUGGUAUCGCAGAAGUGGAAGGCAACUGUUAUGAGCCCUCAACUAUUUAAAUUGAGAAAAGAACUUGGAAUGACAGAGGAGUGGUUAUAUGUGCUAACUAAAGUUGAAGGGGAAAAACUUCUAUGGCAUGCUUUGGACCCUUUGUCAAGGAAGUGGCAGAGGCUGCCAUCAAUUCCAAAUGUCAUUUUUGAAGAAGAAUCUAGGAAGAGUUUAUGGAACAUUGUGGAAUAUAGAAUUAAAAUUGCUGAAUUUAUAAGAGGCUGGCUUGGGCAUAAGGAUGGAUCAAAUCACAUGCAAUUUUGUGGUUGUGCCAUUGGUGCUGUUGAUGGAAGCCUGUAUGUGCUAGGGGGAUUCUCAAGAGAUUCUACCAUGAGAAACGUCUGGCGAUUCGAUCCACUUCUAAAUGCAUGGACCGAAGUGACUUCCAUGUCAAUAGGUCGGGCCUACUGUAAGACAAGCAUUUUAGAUAAUAAGCUAUAUGUUGUAGGAGGGGUUAGUCUAGGCCGAAGUGGGUUGACUCCUCUUCAAUCUGCUGAAGUUUUUGAUCCCCAUACCGGUACGUGGUCCCAAGUUCCAAGUAUGCCAUGUUCAACAGCUCAUAUGUUACCUAAUGCGUUUUUGGCUGAUAUGCUGAAGCCUAUUGCCACUGGGAUGACUUCAUACAUGGGAAGGUUAUAUGUAGCUCAGAGUUUAUAUUCAUGGCCUUUAUUUCUUGAUGCUGGGGGUGAGAUUUAUGAUCCUGAAACAAAUUCAUGGGCUGAUAUGCCAAGUGGCAUGGGGGAAGGUUGGCCUGCACGGCAGGCAGGUACAAAGUUGAGUGUUGUGGUAGAUGGUGAAUUAUAUGCUUGUGAUCUUUCCAGCCCUUUGAAUAGUAGUAAAAUAAAGGUGUAUGAUCAAAAAGAAGAUGCUUGGAAAGUUGUCAUUGGAAAUGUCCCUAUUAAUGAUUUUUCAAAUUUAGAAUCUCCAUAUUUACUUGCUGGAUUUCAUGGAAGGCUUCAUGUCAUCACGAGAGAUGCCAAUCAUGACAUUGCUGUUCUACAGGCUGAUCCCCAGGAUAAUUUCAGUCCUUUGCCAUCAAACUCAACUUCUCUUUCAGGUGGUUCCUUACAGAAAUUUCCUGAUUCAGUGGCUGAAUCUGAAACAGUAAUCUGGAAGGUUAUUGCCACCAGAGAUUUUGGGUCUGCUGAACUUGUCAGUUGUCAGGUUCUUGACAUUUAGGUAUAUCAAGCAACAUGUUAGAGUGCAAUUCUAAAAUGUUUAUUGCCUGGAAUCUAUAGAAGUGAGUUCAGUGAAUUCAGGUUCAGCAAAUUUUACAGUCUCUAUGAAUUGUUCAAAAUUAUAAAUCUACCCUGUCCAGAAGAUCAUCAUCAAGUUUGUCAAUUGUUCAUGGCUCAUUGUUGGUGAUCUCAUCGGAUGUCCUUAGAAUCUAUGGAUUGGUGAUAUAAACAACGAUCCACAUACCUUUCAAUGUGUAAUAAAAGGUGGCAUUAUAGCAAUUUAAAGGAGAAUAAUAUAAUAUCAGUAAAUCCUCUUUAUUAGGUUUUGAGCAUUUAGUGAUUUAAUUUACAAAUACAAGAUCAUCAUUAAUUGAUUAUUAUCUUUGUAAUGCAUAUUUGUGACACACUUAACAAAAAUGAAAAUCAAAUAAAAGAGUUAUAUAGCAAAGUCUACUGCUUCAUUGCCAAUUGAUUUGAUGUACUUUCUUUGUGAUCUGUUACUUUUGUGGUUUCUAACUUUCUACUCCAGCAGGUGUCCCACUGUUUCCCAAUUGAUUGGUUCCCUGAUUUAGAUCAAACAGUGCAACAAACACCUCUAUGUGUCCUCAAUUUCUUUCUUUUUUUUUCCCACUCAUGAAGCUAACAAAAUAAGCCAUGAUUGUUGUUUAAUCCGUUGAACCUUUUCUUGCUCAUGGUUGCUCUAAAAGUAACCUAAAUUGUUAAUAACUAUUCUGUUUUUGAUUCAUUGAACCACGUUGGAUGUCUCAAAUAAAGGUACUAGUGGGUUCAUGUAUCUUAUCCCAAUUAAAUGUAAUUUGUACUUCAUACUGUUGCUCUUGUUGAUCUUAAACAGAGUGAAGAAUUGUUUAUGGUUAAAAGA